AUGCGGAGGCGGGGGACGGGACCACGGGACGGGCUGCACGCCGCCCCUCACCGUGGCAUCGGGGCGGGCGCCUCCCGGAAAGGCGACGCCGCCUCCGAGCGGCACCUGCGCGUCCCCACGACCUGCGGCACCCCCGGGGCGUCCCUGCGUGGGCAGGGGGGGCCGCUCUCGAGUGGCUCCGAGGGGAGCAUCGGUCACCCGGCCUUGCUUUUGGCAGGUCCCCCGGGCUGCGGUCCCGGCGGCGCUGCCAGGCUGGCCGGGCCCUCCUGCGGGGACCGUCGCGCACGCCCGGAGCCUAGCUGCGAUUCGGGGCCGUCUCUGCAGUUACCGGCAAGGUCUGGAGCCGCCGACGGCUUUCCCGGCUCGGCCAUGGGGUGCUUGGGGGCCCUGGCUACCCCAGAAGACCUCAAGGAGCAGUGGGGUGUCCAGGGGGAAGGUCCCUGUCCCCCGGAGUGCCAGGAGCUGGCUGCUGUCCCCAUGCCGCAAGCUAUAAAGCGUUUCCUGAAGGAGGACUCAGAGGAGGCUGAGCUGACCCAGCUCCUGCGGGAUUGCCCACCGGCCGACAGCCCCAGGAAGGUGGAGCCCCUGGAGAGCUGGCGGGAGCCCGGCCACCCCCUCUGUGGCGUGGGAAGGGUCCCCCCUGACGAACCUGCUGACGAGAGGGACGCCAGGAUCUUCUCCCGGUCUCGACCUUUGGAUUUCCAGCAGCACAUCGCUGCCCCCCUGUCCCCCAGCCCCAACCGCCCACGGAGCCCCUGGGGGCAGCUGGACCCCUACGACUCUUCUGAGGAUGACAAGGAGUACGUGGGCUUUGCCACGCUGCCCAACCAGGUCCAUCGGAAGUCAGUGAAGAAGGGCUUCGACUUCACCCUCAUGGUGGCAGGGGAAUCCGGGCUGGGCAAGUCCACCCUGGUCAACAGCCUCUUCCUGACGGACAUGUACAGAGACCGCAAGCUGCUGAACGCCGAAGAGCGCAUCACGCAGACGGUGGAGAUCACCAAGCACGUGGUGGACAUCGAGGAGAAGGGUGUCAAGCUGCGCCUGACCAUUGUGGACACACCGGGCUUUGGUGAUGCUGUCAACAACACUGAGUGCUGGAAGCCAGUGGCCGACUACAUCGACCAGCAGUUCGAGCAGUAUUUCCGUGACGAAAGUGGCCUCAACCGGAAGAACAUCCAGGACAACCGCGUCCACUGCUGCAUCUACUUCAUCUCUCCCUUUGGCCACGGCCUCCGGCCCCUGGACGUGGAGUUCAUGAAAGCCCUGCACCAGCGCGUGAACAUCGUGCCGGUGCUGGCCAAGGCUGACACCCUGACCCCUGCCGAGGUGGAGCGCAUGAAGAACAAAAUCCGGGAGGAGAUCGACCACUAUGGCAUCCGCAUCUACCAGUUCCCCGAGUGUGACUCGGAUGAGGAUGAGGAGUUCAAGCUGCAGGACCAGGCACUGAAGGAGAGCAUCCCCUUCGCCGUCAUCGGCAGCAACACGGUUGUAGAGGCCAAAGGCCGGCGUGUCCGUGGGCGCCUCUACCCCUGGGGCAUCGUGGAAGUGGAGAACCCAUCCCACUGUGACUUCGUGAAGCUGCGGACAAUGCUGGUGAGGACCCACAUGCAGGACCUCAAGGACGUGACGCGGGAAACCCACUAUGAGAACUACCGCACGCAGUGCAUCCAGAGCAUGACCCGCAUGGUGGUGAAGGAGAGGAACCGCAACAAGCUGACGCGAGAGAGUGGGACGGAUUUCCCCAUCCCUGUCAUCCCCCCGGUGCCAGACGCAGAGACAGAGAAGCUCAUCCGGGAGAAGGAUGAGGAGCUGCGGCGGAUGCAAGAGAUGCUCCAGAAGAUCCAGAAGCAGAUGAAGGACUCGCACUAGCCCCUUUUUCCUCCUCCUCCUCACCGGCCCAGAUCAGAAGUGUUUACAUCACGCUCCAUCCUGCCCCAGCCCCACUGCGAGACUUGGUACCAACACCGCACCCGCCACCUUAAGCUGCUGCGGUAUCGCCUUAUCCAACCGGCCAGCACCCAUCCCAUGGGGACAGCUAGGAGACAGGGCACCCAGCCUGGGGGUCCCCUGUCCCAGCCACAUUGCUGCCCUGGCCCUGCCCCAGGCUGGGGACAGCUUUGUCCCUCAAGCUUUGGCUUUCCCCGUUUCCCCCGCAGCUCUGGGGAGGGCCACCGGCCAGCCUGCUCCCCAUGUCGUGUCCCUUGUCCCUAUGUCACCUUGGGCUGCCUGCUUACAGCCUUUACACUCAGCUCGGCCCUGGCU